UAUUUUCCCACCUAUUUUUUCAUUAUGAUAGGCCUGAGAGCUGUUGAUUCCACAUUAGAUCAUGCUGAGGUUGAUGUUGUUUUUGUUCAAGAUACGAAAGUGAAAGAAGGUGCUUUUGUUGGCUACUAUCAUAGGAAUAUCAUUGAGAUUAGGGAUGAUUUACUCAAGCUAAACCCAACAUUUUUGGCCGGAGCUCUAAAAGCUGUUGAAGAACUCAACUGGAGGAGGAGAAAAUUUUUUGACAUGCUUGGUUUGAACAAAGGUUACAAGCAGAAAGAUGUGUCGCCUCUGGUAGAUCUAAUUGCUUUUAGGAAGGUUGUCUUUGCC